CAAGUUUGAUCCACUGUCAUGGACGGGCCGCAAUCCCAGGUCCAAUAGUGGAUGGUAAAUGGGACAUAUAUCUGGGGCAUUCUAAGGGAAUCUCUUUGUUUCAAGUCAUGGACCAGCUUUUAACUCUUCCUCACGAUGUUCGUUCAAGGCUGUGGCAUGGCAAGCUACGACAUUGAUUGGGCUGUCAUUUCUGGAAUCAAUGCCUACCCUGCUUGGAAUACUUACUUUGGAGUUGCCAGUAGCGGAGUCACAUUCGGUACAAUCAAUGCUCUCAUGAAUAUUGGCAACUUUCGUGAAACUCCCUUCAUGUCGUUGGCAGACACGAUCGGCCGAAGGGGCAUAAAAUUUGUUGGAAAUGCAAUUGUUAUAGCAAAGAGAGACGUCUCAAAUUUCACGUUUAUUGGGCAGGUGCAUAUGGACAUAUGGUACCCUGAGCAUCGAGGUCUAAGCAUUGUCCCAGAUUCGGAUGUCUUGAAAGAUAUCAGCGUUCUGGAGGAAUGGAGCUCUGAUAGCGUUUGUCGGUAUGGUUUUGACGGACUUGCACUAUUUCUACUAACUGGCUGAUCUUUUGAUCUGAGGACAGGGAAGAAAGACCUCCCCGCAAUCACAUUGAGAAGACUGCAUUAGAAGCU